CAGAGAAGAUGCAAAAAUCGUCAUUUCAUGUCGAAGUUAUCUUUUUAAUUUGCUAAAUUUUCUUCACCUGCACAGACAUAAUUCAUAUUCAUGUAACCAAACGUUUAGACUAAAAGAGAAUGGAAGAGCUGCAGUAUGACAUCACUGCUGCAAACAGGAGCGAGCUUUCCAGUGAAAGUGAAAGUAAACUGACAACAACGCCCUGAAAACUGAUUAAAACAACUGAAGACAAAGCAAAUAAGACAACAGCUGACACUCGCUUACAUUGAUUUGUCCAACAAUUGAAAAGACCAAUGGCAGAAACUUCACCAACAUCACUAAAUAAAGUGGUGUCAGAGGAGCUCCAGUGCUCAAUCUGUCUGGAUGCGUUCACUGAUCCAGUCAGCACUCCAUGUGGACACAACUUCUGUGAGAGCUGCCUGAACCAGUACUGGAACAACAGCCAGACCUACAACUGCCCAUUUUGCAAAGAAACAUUCAAUAACAGACCAGAGUUCAAGAUCAACACAGCACUCAGACAGCUUGUGCAGGUGUUUAAGCAAAACAUUCCCGAGAAGACAUCUGAAGUUCUCUGUGAUAUUUGUGAUGGUGUUAAGAAGAAAGCCUUGAAGAUCUGUCUGGUGUGUCAAAAUGCCUACUGUCAAACUCACCUGGAUCUUCAUCAGAAAGUAACAAAUUUGAAACACAAAUUGAUUGAUCCCGUGUUGAAUCUUGAGAACUAUAUAUGUCAGAAACACGAGAAACCUCUGGAGCUGUUCUGUAAAGAUGAUCAGACAUGUGUGUGUUUUCUCUGCGCUUUGACAAAUCACAGAAAUCACAACACUGUUGCUGUAGAGGAGGAGAGUAAAGAGAGAAAGCCUCUGAUUAUGAAGAUGAAGACAGAUGUGCAGCAGAUGAUCCAGUACAGAAAGAAGACAAUUCAAGAUAUUAAACAGUCAGCAACACUUAGAAAAAAAACAUCAGAGAAAGAGAAGGCUGAGAGCACUGAGCUCUUUGCUGAUCUGAUGUGCUGCAUUGAGAAAUGUCAGUCUGAGCUGCUGGAGAUGAUGGAGCAGAAGCAGAAAGCAGCAGAGAAGGAGGCUGAAGAGCUGAUUAAAGAUCUGGAGCAGGAGAUCACUGAGCUGAAGAGGAGAGACGCUGAGCUGGAGCAGAUCUCACACACUGAGGAUCACCUGCACCUCCUACAGUUUUACCCAGCGCUGAGCAAACCUCCACACACCCGGAGUUGGACUCACGUCAGUAUCAGUGACACUCAGCUGAGUGUGGAGACUCUGAGGAAAACUCUCACUCAGCUGCACGACACUCUCAAUGACAAACUCAGCACAAGUGUGCUAAAGAGGAUACAUCAAUAUGCAGUGGAGGUAACUGUGGAUCCUGGAACAGCUCAUCCCAAUCUAAUUCUGUCUAAUGAUGGAAAACAAGUGACAAAUGGGGACAUCAAGCUUGAACUCCCAGACAACCCUGAGCGGUUUAGCACUUGUUGCUGUGUCCUGGCCAAAGAGGGAUUCAAUUCAGGAAGGUUUUAUUUUGAAGUGCAGGUAAAAGAAAAGACUGACUGGGAUUUAGGAGUGGUCAGAGAAUCAGCUAACAGGAAGGGAAAGAUCACAGAGGCUCCUGAGGAUGGAUACUGGGCUGUAGCUCUUAGGAAAGGAAAUCAAUAUCAGGUGUUUAAGUAUCCCACUGUCUCUCUGUCUCUGAGAGCGAAGCCUCAGGUUGUGGGUGUGUUUGUGGAUUAUGAAGAGGGUUUGGUCUCCUUUUAUGAUGUGGAGUCCAGCUCUCACAUUUACUCUUUCACUGGUCAGACUUUCAGUGAGAGACUUUUCCCAUACUUUAGUCCUGGAAAUGCACACAAAGGUAAAAAUGCGGCACCAAUUAUUAUCUCGCAUAUCAGAAAAAGUGAAUGAAUUUACAUUCUAAAUAUGAAAAUAAAAUAUCAAUGCUUAUUUGUUUGAACACUUUCAUGUUUGAACAGCAUAUUAGCACAUCUUAAAGGAAUAGUUUUAUUCUGUUAACUCACCCUCAAGUGGUUCAAAGAAUU